AUGCCAGUUUUCCAGGCAUCCUCACGCACUUUCACUCCUAAUAACGAAGAAGGAGCGAUGCACAUGGACGAUGAUCCCACGCCAGCGAGAAGAUCAUUAGAUCCAGCAAUGAAUAAAAUCGAAGUGGUCAUCGACAAAGACAUCUACGAUGGUAACGCCUAUAUUAUAGGCAUACUAUUGAACAAGCUGUACGCACAGAAGGCGAAGGAUCCCAUUGACAUACGCGCACUCCACGAGCUGCGUAAUGCAGUCUACAACCAACAACCCAACAGAUUGAUACCAGAAGUAGAUCAAUGGUUAUCAGAGUUAUACACAAUAAAGCUAUGA